AUGGCAGGGCCGGAGCAGACGACGGGGAUGCCGGCGCCGAUGAGCAGGGUCGAGAGGGCCCACAAGCUGUACCGCGAGGGGAUGCACGAGGAGGCGCUGGCUUUCUACACGGAGGCGCUCGUGAUGGCCCGUUCCAAGGCCCAGCGCAUCGCCCUCCACAGCAAUCGCGCCGCCUGCUACCUCAAGCUCCAUGACUUUAAGAAGGUGAUAAGUUCUUCUGGGUGUGUGUGUGUGUUUUAGAGUAAUCGCAUAUUGAUUGGGAAAAUUAUUCAAAAUUAAUAUGCAUUCUCCGCUCACAGCCUAAUGGUUUUGAGCUGGGUGUUCCAGUUGUAGAAUAAUCGUGCAUUAGUUGGGAAGAUAAAAUCUUAUUGUCGAAUUAUAUGACCCUGCUCAAUGUAUCGACGACUUUUUUGUGAUCUGGAAGGCAUAAUCCUUUUUGUUUUCUGAUCUGGGACUCCUUAGUUUCAUAGAUUAAAACUCCCUGCACUUGAAAUCCUAAUUUUCACAACGCGUUGUGAAAGUUGAAUUGACAAAAAUAAGUGCUCAGAUUUCUUCCUCAUUCAAGUAUGAUACCCAUUUCCAAUCAACAGCUCAUUGAUUGUUAUGGGGAUCUGGUCAUGGAGAGAUUACCGUUCUUUUAUCUAGUUGACUGGUUCUGCUGGAUAAUAUUUCAAAAAAUAUUAGACAAUUAUCAAUUUUAAUUAAAUUAUUCUAAUAAAUAUAGAGUCUCAGUAACUAGCAUGUACAAAACUAAGUUAAAUUUAUUUAUUUAUUUAUUUUUUAUUCCUUUUUCUACUUUGAUGGUACUUUGGGUUCAAGAUAACAGGAUUUUUUCUGUUCCAUGCAUGAUUUUUAGGCAUAUUUGAAUAUAAUGGCCACGUCCCUUCUGGCCCCAUUAUCCCUCUUUUUUAAAAAGAAAAACUAGUACCAGAUAUGCACUAAAUAUGGAAGCCCGCUCAAUGGAUAUUCGAAGGUUUCUUUAGGAUUAACUAUAUGAAGUUACCUGAUGGAAGCUUUUCCAAGUUUCUCCAGUCUGAUCACACAAAUUAUUGAAAUGGAAAAAAAAUGCAGAAUUUACCUUCCCACUGAUGGGGUGCUUUCUUGCUUAUGUGGGACCUCUUUGUUGAUCUGGCAUCACUACUGCAUUGACAAUUGGGUUGUCAAUUUGUCUACUUCUUCCACAAAAGUCUUGAAGCUAAAAUGCAGACAAUGUGUUAUAUUGUUAUAUUUGUACUGACAAGGAUCUGCUCCUUUAGGCUGCGGAAGAAUGUACAUCAGUUCUUGAGCUGGAUCAGCAGCACACUGGAGCCUUGAUGCUGCGUGUGCAGACAUUAGUCACCCUCAAGGACUACCAGUCGGCGCUUUUUGAUGUCAACAGGCUCAUUGAGAUGAGCCCAUCAUCUGAUGUGUACCAGAAUCUGCAAGCUCGUCUCAAAACCCAACUGGUAUUCUCUUUCCUGCUCCCUUAUUUUAUUUUGAGGCUGAUGAUUUUACUGUGAUCGGCCUUAAAGUUCUUCCUAGCACAUUGUUCGUCUAUGGAAAAUCUCUUAAUAAUGUUUUGAGGCUUGAAAAGCCUAACUUUAUCUUCACGUACGGCAGCUGAUCAUGGAGAUGAUCUGAAAAUAAAAUUCUUGAUUGAUUGAUUGAUUAUCUGCAAGUUCCCUUUUUUUCCAAAAUUAGUGGAAAUAAGUUCUUUGUGGGCUAAUCUAAUUAUAUACUUCUUUUUAGUCCCUGGCUCCAAUACCUGAAUCGGAUGAAGAAGCAUUGGUUCAUGAAGAAGAUGGAGAUGAUGGAGAAGAAGAAAGAGAAAGAGAAACGGAUGGAGAAUCGAAGGGAGAACAGAAGAAAAUUGGGGAGAAACCGAGCCAAAUUUCUGGAUCUUUGGAUACUGAGGUCCAGAGACAAGUGAGAAUUUUGGAAUCCCAAACCACUCAAGCCCAGAAACCCAGCAGAGUUCUGGAGUACCAAACUGCUCAGACUCAGAAACCCAACAAAAUUCCAGAGUCCCAAGCUACUCGGGCUCAGAAACCGAGCAGAAUUCCGGAGUACCAAACUACCCAGACUCAGAAACCCAGAAGAAUUUCGGAAUCCCCUGUUACUCAGGCUCAGAGCACUGCGAACCCUUCCAAUGAACGUUCCAAAGGAUGGGAAACGAUCCCCAAACCAAAAGGGCACUCCGGAUUGGACUACUCGAGGUGGGAUAAGGUCGAAGAUGAUUCAAGUGAGGACGAAGAAGAAGAGGAUGACGAUGAGCCUCAGUAUCGCUUCCGUGUCAGAGCUGUCGGAAUAUGA